GCUCUCAACAAAUUUAAAUACAUAAUACAAUAUAUUAGUACUAAUAUCAAAAACUAUUUCAUUAUUAAUUAGGUUCAAUAAUCAGUUAAUUAAGUAUAGAUUUUGUUGUAAGGGAUUUUUCUACUAUUGAUAAGUAGUAGUCGAGUAAGGCUCCUACUAUAACAGCAUAAAAAUAAUACGGUUGUUUGUUGAUAAGUAGUCGAGUAAGGCUCCUACUUUAAAAGUUAAAGUAAAUUCAAUUUUAAAAUGAGUGUGUUAAAAAACGUGGAAGAUAUAGCCAAUUUCAUUCAACAAAAAUAUCCUUCAUUGGAAUUUGGCAACAUAAGUUUUUCUAAUGAGGCGAUAAGUGAUAUUUCUAAAGUAAUAUUCAAGAAAGCUGAUUGCAAAAAAGCUAAAAAUAAUUUAGUUAAGUCAUUAAAUAAUCCAAAUUCAGCUUUGAGAAAAUUAUUAGAUAGGAAUUCAACAGUAGGCAAUAAGUCACACUUCGAUAAAAUGCUUCAUGACAAAGGUUAUUCAAAAAAUGAUUUUUGUAUUUAUAAAACAGAGGUUGUUAAUUCAAUUUGUAAAAUUUUAAAAAUUGAUUUUAACCCUAAAAAUCAACACAGAAUAUUUCAGCGUUGUCGAGAGAGUUUUCGACAAAACGAAAUUUCUGUUAGCCCUAAAGAAAUUGUUAUUUCAGAUGAAGGAAAUAAUACUUCAAAUAUAAUUGUAGAUGAGUUGGGCAUUGAUCUGAAAGAAAAUGUUUUUGAAAUCAAAGAAUGUGAUUUAAAUAGUUGUAACCCGGGUUUGCUUUAUAGUUCUUGUAAAGUCUAUGAUGAUUGCUGUAGUACAAUAGAAGAAAUUGAUAAUCAACACACAAUAUUUCAGCAUUGUCGAGAGAGUUUUCAAGAAUAUGAAAUUUCUGAUAAUCUUCAAGAAUUGUCACAAAAAGAAAUUGUUAUGUUAGGUGAAACAAAUAAACUCAAUGAGAGUACAGCAGUGGGUAAAAAAAGAUUUAAAUCUGUAUCUAUUUGCAACACACCAGAAGCAGAUUUGAAAACAUUUCCUAAGAACUCGAAAAAUGUAUAUCCCUUAAAGGUUAGGUCUUUUAAUGAAGAUAAUAAAAUGAAAAAGGUUAUGUGUUAUAAAAAGUGUAAUUUUGUGGAAGGGACAAUUAGCUUACAGGAUAAAGAAUAG